CCAUCUACCGUGUCCAAAUAUCCUUUUCAUGCGUGUGUUCAAGGUCCGCCGUUGCGUCUCCUGACUCCUCCUGAUUCUCUCUCCCUCUCCUUUGUGUUCCAGAUUCCGGCGGUGGUGAUGGCCGCGGCCACCGCCUUGUCUUGCCCUAAUACUAGACAAUUCUGCCGCUGGGACACUCUCCGCCCCAUUCCCUCCUCAUCCUCCACCAGGCUGUCCUUGGUCCGUCGUGGCGGGCCGCGGCAGCUCUCCAUUCGCGCCUUCACCAGCCGUGGCGAUUUCGAGGACUUCGCUAAGCGCGUUGUCUCCGGCGAGAAGUUGAAGGAUUUCGCCCGGGCGGCGAAUGAUGGCAUCGACGAGCUCGUCUUCAACAUACGGAGGGCGGCCGUGAGGCUUGACCGCCGUUUUUCGAUCUCCGAUCGGCUGGAGGACGCCACCCGUACUGCUUCUGAUGGAUUCAAGAGGAUCGAUCGCGAGUUCGGCAUUGGGCAGCGGUGGAGAAGUUUCUCCAUGGACUUCCGCCGUAAUUUGCCUGGGUACAGAAGGCAGUUAAAGGGAUUUCUUGAGACCCCAUUAGGCAAGAGCUCUGCGACUCUUGCCUUUCUCUGGUUAGCACUCUCGGGAUGGUUAUUCAGGAUCGUGAUCUUGGCCACGUGGAUAUUGCCAUUUGCUGCUCCUCUGCUCAUUGGCACUGUUGCCAAUAACUUUGUCAUAGAGGGGUCAUGCCCAGCUUGCAAGAGACGAUUCAUGGGGUAUAAGAAUCAAAUUAUUCAGUGUACAAAUUGCAGAGCUGUUGUUUGGCAGCCUAGAGAUGGCUUCUCAGGCGGAAGACAAAACUCCACGUCAAGCCCAGACAUCAUUGAUAUUGAAAUUGAGGAGAAGUAACUGGACUACUACCAAAUGCCUUCUCUCUAUGACUAGCCUUGUUACUAUGUACAUUAUCUUGUUCUAGGAUGACGGAUGAACUGCUCUUGUAUAAUGAGUCCAACCAUUUUCUGUUACGUGAAGUGCAUAAAAGAAAAUGCCUCAUUUUGUUACCAUUACUUCAUAUUAGAACUUGUCGAUGCCUUUUCUUUUAUGUAAAUAACAGUGGUUCCACUUAUUUCUCCUAGCCUUUUCUAGGUGCUUAUGAUAGCCUGAGUAUUCCACAUUUUAAGACAUCAUUAUGUGGAAAUUUUAUUUAAGUUUUCAAUCUCCUUA